UCCACAGCGUCACUUCGAGCUGUCACACGGUCAGAGACGGACCUCCCAGGGACAAGGAACACUCACUACGUCACCACCAAGUCCCCUAACUAUCACCACCACCAAGUCCACAAGAAACAGUCCCAUUGUUUAGUUUCCAGUCGCUAUAAUGAGUUCUUGAAGGCCGGCCAUCACCACAAAAAAAAGUCCAACGGGGAACUAACAUGUGCAGGCGAGGUGACGUGAUGUGGCUGACGGUCUGUGUCGUUGUUUUCAUUGCUGCUACAGUACAGAGUAGCGGCCACCAAUCACAGGACCUUGACAAACGUCUGGGUCCUGGGUCACCUCCUGCCGCGUCUGAAGGGCAGUCCAGGAGGCUAGGAGGAAGAAUCGAUGAGGAUGAAGAAGGUCAGGAAGCUCAGGGAGGUCAGGGAGGCCAGGAAGACUCACCCCGGGAAGCUAGGUCAUUCUGGGCCAUGAGAGGAAAGCGUCCAUCAUCUGAGCUCUUGCAUCAACACCACCAAAAACGAUCUGGUUCCUCGGGGUGGUCAUCUAACGACGAUGAAGACGCGUCCGACGGUGAGAGGAGUGUAGCAGGGAGGAGGAGGAGCUUCGGCGGGAGUGGCAGCAGCAGUGGGACCUUCUGGGUGGCACGAGGGAAGAAGGCUAUGAGGGAAUACCUGCCUCUCUACUGGGGGUCCAAUCAGAACAUGUGGGGGGAGACGCCCUUCAGGAGGUGGCCGUCUACUGAAGGAGUGGAAGCCUCGUCCUCCCAACAGCAGCACCGACAGCUCCCCCAGCCGUCUACUCGCCUCCAGGUCAACUCGGGCUGGGAAUCGAACCAAAGUCUCUGGGGCAAACGCGACGGGGGAGGACCAUUCUGGAUAGCCAGGGGGAAGCGACAGGAAACUGAAGGUAACGGUGGGCCAUUUUGGAUCGCUCGGGGCAAAAAGGACAUAGAUUCUGGGGUCUCCUGGGGCGCUGUGGCACAAGACGACGAUGGCCAAUGGCAAGACGACGUGACGUACCCCCAUAAACGACAAGACGGAGGACCUUUCUGGAUUAGUCGUGGCAAGAAGGACACCCCAGCACUGCUUCCUGUAGGUCACCCGUCGCUGUGGGGCAACAGAGGCAGGAAGUCUGAGGACGAGAGGACCUUCUGGGUAGCUCGUGGCAAGAAAGACGCGGUAGACGGGAGGGCGCCAUUUUGGAUCUCCCGAGGUAAGAAAGAGAACAAGGGAAACGAGAGUGAACUCUUUUGGAUCUCCCGAGGUAAGAGAGAAGGCGAGGCUCCUCCAUUCUGGGUCUCAAGAGGCAAGAAAGAGGGAGAGGAAACCCACCCCUUCUGGGUCUCAAGAGGCAAGAAAGAGGGAGAGGAAACCCACCCCUUCUGGGUCUCAAGAGGCAAGAAAGAGUCCGAGUGGAGUAAGAGGAAGGGCCCGGGACCACCUACACCCACCUACACACAGCUCCACGCCGACCACAUCACAGACCCAGUAAUGGCGUACGUCCUCCACACGCUACUAGACCAAUACAACGACACACUGACGGACGCAGACGAAGGCGACGACGAAUUACACGAUGAUCCCCACCACUACCAACCACAGCAACAUGGUCACAAGGGUAAGAAAGACACAACAUAUGGCCCUAUAGAUGACCCAUUCGUUAAGGGAUUCCUGGCCCUUAGAGGGUGAGCUGUGGCCCCCAUCCUCUGUGGCCCCCAUCCUCUGUGGCCCCCAUCCUCUCAACACGACCAAUAAUAACAAGGGUGAAUAAAUACUUUGAGUGAGGGUUGAUCAUGUCGUUCAGUGUGUGUGUCGUUCUUGUGGGGGAAAACGACUAAAUUCUAAGUUGUAGCUUGACGACCCCUUGAAGUGUGUGUGUGUGUCGUAGGAAAAAAACGACUAAAUUCUAAGUUGUAGCUUGACGACUCCUACAACUGAGAGUCGUUCUUGAGGGUCAAAAACACGACAACUAAUUUCCAAAGUUUUAACUCAUGAAUCCAAGAACUGUCGUUUUUAAAGCCACAAAGACGACAACAACUUCCCAAUAUCAACAAGUUGUAGCCAAUUUGUCUCUCUCUAGUUCCGGGGAAGCCACAACAACAACAACAACAACAAUCUUUUACGAUGGUGUUUAUUCUAAGUUAUAAAAAACCCCAAUUAAUUUCUAAGUUUUUAUUCAACCCUUUAAGUACGAUGAUUUAAGAUAUAAACCUUUUUUGAGGACGAUGGUUUAACCCCUUGAAGAUGAGGGUUUAAGUCAUAACCCUUUGAGGAUAAUGAUAUAACCCUUUGAGGACGAUGAUUUAACCCUUUGGAAACGAUGGUUUUAAGUUUCAAACAUAUCCACGAAUACAUGACAGAACCUAACCUAACCAAACCAACCACAACCAAAACAAACCUAACCAAUAAGAAGAGAGCAAAGACGGGAGAUAAACACAACAAAGGACCAAUCACAGCCCACCAUACCCGUGUACUAAGUGGAGUCUAACCAAAGGGUGGAAAACACAAUUAAACAUUUAAAGGGUAAGGGGGGGGGGGAUAGUUGUGACAUGUAACCCUACCUAUCGUGUGUCGUGAGCUCACAACACAGGUUCCUUUGACUACACGAGGCUGGAUAUAUAUGUGUGUGUGUGUGUUCGAGGCACCGUGAGUGUACUGGGAAUAAAAUAUAACAAUAAAGUUGUUUU